AUGAAAGGUUUUUUAUUCUCGGUUCUUUUGAUUUCUGUAAUUUUUAAAAUCGCUUAUUCUUGUGUAGAACUUGAAGUUAAGUUAUCUUCUCUUGUUGUCUAUGCAAGAAAAUUCAAUGUAUGCAGCCAACCGAAGAGUUCAAUACCACAAAUGGUUCUGUUUGCCAUUUCAUAUCUUGGAAUUCCACUUCAUUGCCCUAUGAACAAUAAUCCUAAUUUUUGCUAUCAAAAUGAAAAUAUUUUAACAUUUUCAAGCAAUACAAAAAAAAUAAUCUCAUAUUUUUCUAAGGACGCCCGCGAAAUGAUCUUGAAAGUUAAUAUUAUUCAUGACACUGGAAAAUCAUGCUUGAGUCUUGAUUCAAAAAUGAACGGCGGAAAAUAUCCCUAA